AUUCGGCCGGUUUAGCCGCAAACGCAUGUUUAUCGCCGCGUGUGUAUUGCGUAUUCGUACCGGCAACUCGCGCACGCACAAAAACCGUCAUCGCCGCCGCGCCGCCUUCGUCUCCCGACCUCCUCCGUAGUUAUUAUUUGCUAUUAGUAUUUAGUCGUGAUCGCCUCCUCUUCUGUUGCACGUCGUCCGCCGUUUUGUUUAUUUAAUUAUAAUUUUUUAUUUAUUUUUUUUUUUUUUGGGAGUUUUAAAAAUAUUUCACUCGUACGCGUUUAUUAUUUUUAUUCGUCGCCGGUUCGACCGUCUGCGUUCUCUUACUCGCGGUGCAAUAAUAGUUUUUUAACAAGUGUGUCUCUUGGUGCGUUUGUCGUGUGCGAUCGGUCUUCGUUUCGAUAAGUCGUCAACAUAAUCAUAUAUACAUAAUAAAUAUAAUAAUAAUGUUUGCGGCACCGACACGGAAAGCAGCUGACUCGGCCGCUACCGCCGCCGCCGCCUCUUCCGCCUCCAUCGCGGUUUCGCGUGCUGCCCGUUGAUCGUCUGUUUAAGUGUUUUUUUUUUUUGUUAUUCUGUUGCCGUCAAGGAACGUCGUUUAUUGCAUGUUGUGCUGUCGCCUUGCCGUAGUGUCGCGUCGUCCGGUGCGCGCUUACCUCCGACGGGGCUUGACCGGUCGCACCAAAACGGCGGCCCAUUCGGAUAACAACGAUUGCAAAUGAAACAAUAUAUUUGGCGUUAUGAACUACUGACGGGAUGACUGAGCUCCGUUGGCUAUCAGGAGGUGGUGCUAGCGUCAAAAUGGAGCAUCACUUCCAAGCUGCGCUGGAUCCACGCAAACAGGAAUUGUUAGAAGCCAGAUUCAUCGGCGCUAGAAUGUCGGCCGGCACACAGCUGCAGAUGGCUCCACAAGCUGGCCAAAUGCACUUGCCGCACCCUCAGCCAGGCGGAACUGUGCAUAGCCAAGACUCGAACAUGAGUACGGGCUCGUCGCACAGUGACAAGGAGCAAGACACCCCGGAAAAGGGCAAUUCGAUAACGCGCACGCCGACCGAAAGGAAGCGCAAGAGGAAAAUCGACGACACGUCCAACAACAAACAGCCCGCAAUGGGGGUGGUGGCACCUCCUCCCCCGCCGCCCAGGCCCGCCGCAGCCGACGCCAAGAAAAUCAACGACUACUUUACCAAGCACGGGUCGCAUCCCGUGUCCAGCCCUAUGAGGCACGGGGGAGCCAAGUCUCCGUCCCCCGGCGGACCGCCGCCACAAGGUUACCCAAUGUUUAACCCGGCUAGUGGGCCACAAGCUUUAAGCCCAGUCAUACCUCCAGAUUAUGUUUCCAUGCUGCACCCACCUAGGAUUAACUCUAGUUCCAUUACGAAAUCUAUACAGACUGAUUUAACGAGUCACGCAAUCCAAGAGUUCGAAUGCCAGACUACUUCGGAUUUGGAACUCAGGAAUAAUAAAAUUGAUGAACUAAAUAGGACCAAUGAAGAACUAAAACAUCAGCUGAGUAAUCAACAGAAGGCUAUUGAACAGCACAAGUCUCACAUAAACAAGUGUAUAGAUGUGGUCAAGAAACUGCUGAAAGAAAAAUCAAACAUUGAAAAGAAGGAAGCUCGACAGAGGUGCAUGCAGAACAGACUUCGACUCGGUCAGUUUGUGACGCAAAGGGUCGGAGCUCAGUUCCAAGAGAACUGGACUGACGGUUAUGCGUUCCAGGAAUUGUCCAGGCGACAAGAAGAAAUUACUUCCGAGCGUGAAGAGAUUGAUCGACAAAAGAAAAUGCUGGUCAAGAAAAGGCCGUCUAACAGUGAGACUAGCGGACGGAAACGUGCCAGCAGCCAGUCGGGCGCCAGUUCGAGUAACUCGAGCACCAACAACAUAGCGCCGAACAACUCAACACCCACUGGUCUGCCAACACCCGUAGUGUUACCCAACGCUGGCAGUGUCAAUAACAACCAAGUGACGGGUACCGCCACCGGCACGGUCCUGCAUAAUGGCACUGUAGCUCCGUCGACCGCUCUAGAUACGGCAACGUUCCUAAAGCCUGAAGCUGUUCCGGGCUUGUCGUGGCAAGAGUACUACGAGGCGGACGAAAUACUCAAGCUGCGACAAUCUGCGCUUAAAAAAGAAGACGCUGAUUUACAGUUGGAAAUGGAGAAACUAGAACGAGAAAGAAAUUUACACAUACGAGAAUUGAAAAGGAUCCACAAUGAAGAUCAAUCUCGGUUCAACAACCAUCCGGUAUUGAACGAUCGUUAUUUGUUGCUCAUGCUGUUGGGAAAAGGGGGCUUCAGUGAAGUUCACAAAGCGUUUGAUUUAAAAGAACAGCGAUACGUAGCCUGUAAGGUUCACCAACUGAAUAAAGACUGGAAAGAGGAUAAAAAGGCUAAUUAUAUAAAACAUGCACUACGAGAGUACAAUAUACACAAAUCUUUGGACCACCCGAGAGUCGUUAAAUUGUACGAUGUAUUUGAAAUAGAUGCCAAUUCAUUUUGCACCGUUCUGGAGUACUGCGAUGGGCACGAUUUAGAUUUUUAUCUGAAACAGCACAAAACGAUUGCAGAAAGAGAAGCAAGAUCAAUAGUUAUGCAAGUAGUGUCGGCGUUAAAAUAUUUGAACGAGAUCAAACCUCCUGUGAUACAUUACGAUUUAAAACCUGGAAAUAUUUUGCUCACCGAGGGCAACGUCUGUGGAGAAAUAAAAAUCACGGAUUUCGGCCUGAGCAAAGUGAUGGAUGAAGAAAAUUACAACCCGGACCACGGAAUGGACCUGACGUCGCAAGGAGCUGGAACCUAUUGGUAUUUACCUCCAGAAUGUUUUGUAGUCGGCAAAAAUCCUCCAAAAAUAUCAUCAAAGGUGGACGUUUGGAGCGUAGGUGUUAUAUUUUACCAAUGUCUUUACGGCAAAAAGCCUUUUGGACACAAUCAAUCUCAGGCCACUAUCCUAGAAGAGAAUACCAUUCUAAAGGCUACGGAAGUGCAGUUCGCCAACAAACCUACAGUCAGCAACGAAGCCAAGAGCUUCAUCCGCUGUUGUUUGGCGUACCGUAAAGAGGAUCGAAUCGACGUGUUCACCUUGUCCAGGCACGAAUACCUGCAGCCGCCGUUACCAAAACACGGCAGAUUAGCCAGCACUCAACAACAACAGCAACAACAGCAGCAGCAGCAGCAACAACAACAACAACAGCAACAGCAGCAACAAAUUUCGGCGGCUAAUUUCGCGUCCGGCAUGUUUGGCAACAUGAACGCAUCCAGUUCGUCCUAACAUACGACAGGUAAACUGAGGCAGCCAAAGGUCAUGCUAGUAAAAUGUGUUCCCUCGUUGCCGCCACGUCCGUCAUGCCAUUUACGUAAAACUCGACUGGCUUCUUGAAGGUGUGCCGCCGCCCCUCCGACUCUGCAAAGUUUCAUUUCUAUAAACGAUUAUUAUUAUAAUAAUUAAUAUAAUAUUAUUAUUUUAUAUAUAAAUGUACUAGUCAAACCGUUUUUGUCACUGCUGCGAAUCAGUUCCUGAGUACAUUUAUGAUGUUUACGUUUACUAUAACCCUGAAAAAAAAACAAACAAAAUAGUGAUAUUUGUUUAAGAUUUUUGUUUAUUUUUUUUUUUUGUUUUUCCCCUUUUUAUCCCGGUGAAAAUUGUACUGUACGCAGGACAUACAUUAUGAUAAUUAAUUGAAACUAAGAUAAGUAUAAUUUUAAAAAUUACAAAAUGGAUGCUUUUAAUGUAAAAAAAAAUUAAAUAUAUCAAAUCUGUUUCUACGCGCAUAUCCCUAGAACUCAUUAAAUGAUAAUUGUCCCAUCAUCACAAACUUUAUUUUUUAUUUUUUGCUAUGUAUAGUUUCACCAUUUUUUUUUUUCUUGUAAAUAUAUAUUUAUAUAAAUAUUUGUGUAAAUAAAGCCGUUUUUUUUUUUGUAAAUGACGAGUGAAUUCAGUUAAAGAAUUGCGAUGAUUAAAAUGUUAUUUAGUUUGUUUAUUGUUAACACAAAAAUGUUUAUUUUGUUGUGAUAAAAAUGAAAAAAAAUUUGUGGAGAAAAUAAACAUGAAACAAUAAAAGGUUUUUCCUAUUUAAAAUAAUAUAUAUAUAUGUAUAUAUAUAUUAUAAUAUAAUAUAAAAAACGAAAGGAAAGCCAAAAGGCGGUUUUUUUUUCAAGCCAAUGAGACUUCAUAAUUA